AUGAUAUUGAUGAAGAAGACAGAUUCCCUGCGAUUCUCGAAAUCUACCGAGAUCUCAAAUGAGCAUGCGAGCAAUCUUGACAACCAAAUUGUACUUGAUGCAGAUAUUUUUCUGUCAAUUCUUCUCAAGUUACUUUCUUUUGUCAACUUUGCUGAUUCGUAUUUUAUUAAUACUAGCCUCCAUAAAACAAGUCCUUUUAGAUGUACCAAUCUAAAUUGUUUGGAGAACAUGGAAGGGUCAGAGGUUAUGCAUCGUUUGUGGAAUCGGGAUCUUGCUGCUGUCCUGAACUUCCGACAUAUACUUAACAACCUGAGAUAUGAUGGGACUAUACCUGUAAGGUUCACCCGCGUCAUUCGGAUUGGACGUAUCAGAAGACAAGCAUAA